ACUUCUCUUGAUUGUAGCUGUCAGCCUCUCUGUAUGUCUAUGUGGCCUACUCCAGGUAACACUUCUCUUGAUGGUAGCUGUCAGCCUCUCUGUAUGUCUAUGUGGCCUACUCCAGGUAACACUUCUCUUGAUUGUAGCUGUCAGCCUCUCUGUAUGUCUAUGUGGCUUACUCCAGGUAACACUUCUCUUGAUUGUAGCUGUCAGCCUCUCUGUAUGUCUAUGUGGCUUACUCCAGGUAACACUUCUCUUGAUGGUAGCUGUCAGCCUCUCUGUAUGUCUAUGUGGCCUACUCCAGCUAACACUUCUCUUGAUGGUAGCUGUCAGCCUCUCUGUAUGUCUAUGUGGCCUACUCCAGGUAACACUUCUCUUGAUGGUAGCUGUCAGCCUCUCUGUAUGUCUAUGUGGCUUACUCCAGGUAACACUUCUCUUGAUGGUAGCUGUCAGCCUCUCUGUAUGUCUAUGUGGCCUACUCCAGGUAACACUUCUCUUGAUGGUAGCUGUCAGCCUCUCUGUAUGUCUAUGUUGCUUACUCCAGGUAACACUUCUCUUGAUGGUAGCUGUCAGCCUCUCUGUAUGUCUAUGUGGACUCCAGGUAACACUUCUCUUGAUUGUAGGUUUUUAUCUGUCAGCCUCUCUGUAUGUCUAUGUGGCCUACUCCAGGUAACACUUCUCUUGAUUGUAGCUUUUAUCUGUCAGCCUCUCUGUAUGUCUAUGUGGUCUACUCCAGGUAACACUUCUCUUGAUUGUAGCUGUCAGCCUCUCUGUAUGUCUUUGUGGCCUACUCCAGGUAACACUUCUCUUGAUUGUAGCUGUCAGCCUCUCUGUAUGUCUAUGUGGCCUACUCCAGGUAACACUUCUCUUGAUGGUAGCUGUCAGCCUCUCUGUAUGUCUAUGUGGC